CACAGCUUGAAUUUGAUACCGGAACCUACAACAAUAGCAGAGAAAGCAACUCCAACGGGAGGAUAUGUGAAGCAAAAUUGAUAAAGUCCUGUUCCGAUUAUCAUAUACGUUGAAAUUUAUUCCAAAAAUUUACUCAAAACUAAACUAAAAAUUUAUUUUAUUAAAUAAUAAAUUAUUAUUUUUUUGGUUCACAAAAUUAAAUUACAUUCUUUAUAACAAGGAUAACCGAGAAUUCUGGUUUAGAGCGUUUAAUCCCCGUCACGCAGAUACUCCGGACCGACCCCUCGACUCCACAGUUGAGUCUCUGAAAGUUUGGGAGAAAAAGAGGAAUCAAUUAGGGUUUAUUCCAAACGAUAAAAAAAUCAAAAGAAAAUAUGUCACAAAUCAGUCUACCAUUUGAAGUCGGUCACACCGUCGAAGCAAGAUCUUUCGAAUUAGGUUUCCGUGGAGCUUGGUUUCGCUGCAAGAUUGAAAAGAUAUUAAACAAAGGAAGAUCAUUAUUCUACGAUUUGAAGUAUCUUGAUUUCACAGAAGAAGGAAUACACACAACAAAAGUAUUUCAAAAACGCCACGGCGAGAACGAGAAGAAUCACCUCAUGGUUCGACCCUUAUGUCCACGUCAGCGUCACGAAAACGAAGUUCUUAACGAGGAAGAAGGUGGUCUUGUUGUUGUUGAUGGUCUUUGGAAAGUGGGAGACUUGGUGGAUUGGUGGAAAGACGAUUGUUAUUGGUCUGGUACUGUCCGAGAAGUGAGUGAAGAGGACGAAACUGUGAAGAUUGAGUUGUUGCCUAAACCUUAUGGAGAAGGAGGUAGUUAUGAUGCUGUGUUUAAGGAUUUGCGUCCUUCUUUGGAAUGGUCACUUGAAGAUGGAUGGAUUGUGCCUUUCUCUAAGGAUGGGGAAAAGAGGCAGUGUGCUAAGCUAAUGAAACUUCCGAGUGAAGACCAAGUGAAAGGAGAUGAGGAGACUAGAGAAGAAGGAAAGGUGAGAGUUACGAAGAAGUUAGUAGGAGAGGAAGGUCUUGUGUUGAAUAUAAUGGAAUCAGAGUCUAUAGAAGCUGCUGUGAUGGACUUGGAAGAGCAAGUUGUUCGAAUAGAGUGGAUUAAAGGAAUGUUAUCGCUUAAUGUUCCUAAUUCCGAAACUUCAACAUGGAUAUGUGAGGAUUAGCCUCCACCUUCCUGAAACAAAAUGUCACAGGCCUUAGGUGGAGGAGUAGAGUAGAAGAUGUGGAUGAGGGUAAAGACCUAAAGGUGGAUCAUAUCUGACACGUUUUGUGAAAUUUGAAAACGGAACAUGACUCUGUUUCUUAGAUGUCUUUCUUUUAGGUAGUUUGGUUUCUUCUUGUUUUUUUGUUUGAUGAUACUUUUGCAGCAAUUUCCUCUGUAUUUAACCUACUUUUGGGUAGUCUGGGAAUUGAUCAAACGAAAAUCUCUUACAUGGGUCCUCUGCACAUGGUCUUUAAUGUGCUUGAAACCACUGAUUUGGGCUUUUAAAUGCUUGUUAGUUUCACUGUCAAAUCUCCAAGGCUUCCCUUAUUCAAAUACAGUAGUGAC